UUCAGCAGAGCUCUGAGAGGGGGAUGGAAGGAAGAGGGAGGAGUUAGUCUCAUGUAAACACACGCAUAUGUCUGGCUGUUGGAAAACUCAGAUUUUCCUCCAGCAGCGAGAGGAGGUGAGAAGGGACAGGGAGCGUCGCCUGAACACACAUGAUGUGGCUGAAUCUUCUUUACAAUUGUGCCGGUGGAGCAGCUCUUCUGUAUGCUCUGUACAGAUGGGUGAUCCCCGCUGCUGUGCAGUAUCACGGAGGACUGGCACUCAUUUGGCAUGAUGUCAUUGUGGAUCGGAUGCUGAACAUGCUGACCCAGUCCACACGUCCUCAGCGGAUCCUGAAUGCAGUACAGAAGAACGCCACUAGAGGAGACCCUCGCAGCGUAGUCAAAGCCAUCGAUGAUUUCUGCAGGCACAAGGAGUGGGCCAUGAAUGUGGGGGACGAGAAAGGCUGUAUUCUUGACUCAGUGGUGUCUGAGGUAAACCCAGCCACUGUGUUGGAGCUGGGAACCUACUGUGGCUACUCCACGGUGCGGAUCGCCAGCCUGCUUCCCCCUCACGCCAAGCUCAUCACUCUUGAAUUUAACCCAGACUUUGCUGCAAUUGCUCGACAAGUCAUUGCUUGGGCAGGAUUGAAGGAAAAGGUCCAGUUAGUUGAAGGAGCUUCUGGUGACUGGAUCCCCAAAAUGAAUGAGCAAUUUGGUGUGAAAACAUUUGAUUUGGUUUUCCUGGAUCACUGGAAGGAUCGGUACCUUCCUGACACAAAACUGAUGGAGGAGUGUGGCCUCCUCAGGAAAGGCACCGUCCUGCUGGCAGACAACGUCAUCUGCCCUGGAACUCCAGACUACCUGGAAUAUAUCCGCAGCAGCCCGAGAUACAAAAGCCAGUACUUCAAAUCUCAUCUGGAGUACACCAAAGUGGAGGAUGGCUUGGAAAAGUCUGUCUUUUUAGGGUAGUUUUUAACAGAAACUGUCAUGUUUUACACAGGUUAUCUUCACAGAGCAGACUUAAAAUCAGGAGUUAAAUGUUUUUCUAAUAUGUAUUAGUGUGUUAACUUGAUAUUAAAAGUAGCAUGUGAAGGGAAACCAAA